UUUUUUUUUUUUUUUUUUUUUUUUUUUUCCCUCUUCCGGAAGCUACGUCACAAGGCUUAGCUGGGGUACCCUGUCGUUUGCUAGCAUCUUGAGCCGUCCAAGAUGACUACAGCUGCAAGACCAACAUUUGAGCCUGCCAGGGGGGGCAGGGGGAAAGGAGAGGGGGAUCUGAGUGCUCUCUCCAAACAGUAUUCCAGCAGAGAUCUUCCCGGUCACACCAAGAUUAAGUACAGGCAACCUACCCAGGAUGCCCCAGAGGAGGUGCGUGCCCGUGACUUCCGCAGAGAGCUGGAGGAGAGGGAGCGUGUUGUUGCACGUGAAAAGACCAGAGAGAGGGGACCCAGAGAACACACCACAUCAUCAUCUUCCUCUUCAUCAUCUUCAAAGAGGCCCAGACUGGAUCAAAUCCCAGCAGCAAACCUUGAUGCUGAUGACCCUCUGACUGAUGAGGAUGAAGAUGAGGACUCCGAGGAAGACAGUGACGAUGAUGACACUGCAGCCCUCCUCGCUGAGCUGGAGAAGAUCAAGAAGGAGCGAGCCGAGGAGCAGGAGCGCAAAGAACGAGAGCAGAAGGCGGAGGAGGAGAGGAUCCGAAUGGAAAAUAUCUUGAGUGGAAAUCCACUGAUCAAUUUGGCAGGACAGCAGCAGCAACAGAACCAACCUCAGAACACAUUUAGAGUCAAAAGGAGAUGGGACGAUGAUGUUGUGUUUAAAAACUGUGCCAAAGGAGUGGACGAUGCACGGAAGGAGAAACGCUUUGUGAACGAUACGCUGCGCUCUGAAUUCCACAAGAAGUUUAUGGAAAAAUACGUCAAGUAAAAGACUUUCUGCACCCUUUAUUGUUUUUGUUUUUUUAAUUAAAAUACAUUUCAUCUCCAAGCCUCCAAUGAUUGGUGGCAUUUAUUGGUGUAGAAAUGUGUUAAAAUGCAGAGUCAACAGGUAAACAGCUGUAUAUAAAUGAGUUGGUAACUUUCAUCCUUUGUUUAAACCUUGUGAAAACAUUUUAAAAUGUGAUUAAAUGUUUUUCUCUUUUGUUUCUUAUUUCAAUAAACAACGGCUUUGCAAA